GCUGCACAAGCCUUGAUUUAUGCUGGGAUGGCAGGGUCCAACUUGGAAAAUAUUCAAGAAAAGAUAAAUGAGUACUUGGAGAGAGUUCAAGCUCUCCAUUCAGCAGUUCAGUCACAGAACACAGAUCCUCUGAAGUCAAAACAACAGUUGGACUUGGAGCGUGCUCACUUCCUAGUUACACAGGCUUUUGAGGAAGAUGAUAAAGGCAAUGCAGAAGAAGCUAUAGAGUUGUACACAGAAGCGGUGGAACUCUGUUUGAAAACAGCUACUGAAACUUCAGAAGCAGGCCUCCAGUCAAAACUGAAACAGCUGGCUCGACAAGCACUGGAUAGAGCAGAGGCACUGAAGGAAUCUGUGUCAAAGUCAACUCAGAAGAAGUCAACAACAGCUAAACCAAAUCAGCCGGUCAGAACAUUCUUUCCAUUGGGACCUGAUUUUUCUUUAAAUGAUAAACCACAGACAAUCAGAGCAGUACAAGCUAGUGAAUCUCAAGGUCAAAGAUACACUGCAGAGGAGAUUGAAGUACUCAGGAAGACUUCAAAAAUUAAUGGCAUUGAAUAUGUACCUUUCAUGAGUGUUGAUCUGAGGGAACGUUUUGCAUUCCCUAUGCCAUUUUCUGAUAAAUGUGGGAAGUUACCAUUAUCCCCCAAACAGAAAGCAAUGUUUGCCAAGUGGGUGCGACCAGAUGACAUAACAAAUAACCCUACAAUGAUUUAUACCGUAUCAAGUUUCAGCAUAAAGCAAACAAUAGUAUCAGAUUGUUCUUUUGUGGCAUCAUUAGCUAUCAGUGCAGCAUAUGAAAGAAGAUACAACAAAAAAUUGAUCACAAGCAUAAUUUACCCUCAGAAUAAGAAAGGAGAGCCAGAAUAUAAUCCAUGUGGCAAAUACAUGGUGAAGCUUCAUAUCAAUGGUGUACCUAGAAAGGUAAUCAUAGAUGACCAGUUACCUGUUGAUCAUAGCGGGGAACUUCUCUGCUCUUAUUCUAACAAUAAGAAUGAAUUAUGGGUAUCGCUAAUAGAAAAGGCUUACAUGAAGGUCAUGGGAGGAUAUGAUUUUCCUGGAUCAAAUUCUAAUAUUGAUCUCCAUGCACUGACUGGUUGGAUACCCGAAAGAAUCGCUAUGCACUCUGACAAUCAAGCUUUCAAUAAAGAUAGUACUUUCAGAAUGCUUUAUCAGAGAUUUCACAAGGGAGAUGUCCUUAUCACAACAGCAACAGGUGUGAUGUCUGAAGAGGAAGGAGAAAAAUGGGGUUUAGUUCCAACCCAUGCGUAUGCAGUCUUGGAUAUAAGAGAAUAUAAGGGACUUCGAUUUCUUCAGUUGAAAAAUCCCUGGAGCCACUUACGUUGGAAGGGACGGUACAGUGAAAAUGACAUAAGAAAUUGGACCCCAGAUCUACAGAAAUACUUGAACUUUGAUCCCAGAACAGCUCAGAAAAUAGACAAUGGCAUUUUCUGGAUUUCCUGGGAGGACCUGUGCCAGUACUAUGAUGUUAUUUAUUUGAGUUGGAACCCAAGUCUCUUUAAAGAAUCUACGUGUAUUCACAGUACGUGGGAUGCAAAGCAAGGCCCGGUGAAGGAUGCCUACAGCCUGGCGAACAAUCCUCAGUACAAGCUGGAGGUCCAGUGUCCACAAGGCGGUGCUGCCCUCUGGGUUCUGCUCAGCAGGCACAUCACCGAUAAGGAUGACUUUGCACACAAUCGGGAAUUCAUUACAAUGGUUGUUUACAAGACUGAUGGCAAAAAAGUUUACUACCCAGCUGAUCCUCCUCCGUACAUUGAUGGUAUUCGGAUCAACAGUCCCCAUUAUCUGACCAAGAUAAAGCUGACCUCUCCAGGGCCCCACACGUUUACCUUAGUGGUGUCCCAGUACGAGAAACAAAACACUAUCCAUUACACCAUCAGGGUGUAUUCCUUGUGCAAGUUCACCUUUUCCAAGAUUCCUACACCUUACACCAUUUCCAAACGGGUUAAUGGACAGUGGAAAGGUCACAGCGCUGGAGGAUGUGGAAAUUUCAGAGACACCUAUAAAAAUAACCCCAUUUAUCAAUUCCAGUUGGACAAGAAUGGGCCAUUACUAAUUGAACUACGGGGCCCAAGGCAGUAUAGCGUUGGUUUCGAACUCAUCACAGUCUCGACAGUAGGAGAUCCUGGUUCCCAUGGCUUCCAGAAGAGCAGCAGCGGUGACUACAGGUGUGGAUUUUGCUACUUGGAAGUGGAGAAUAUAUUUGCUGGAGUUUACAACAUUAUCCCCACCACAUUCCUGCCUCAACAAGAGGGUCCUUUUUUCUUAGAUUUUAACAGUACUACUCCUCUUAAGGUAUCACAGCUGCAGUGA